ACAUCCCAUUUGUUCAAUGUUUUCUAGACCAAUGUUUGUUAACUUAGUUAGGAAUUAGAAUAAUGGAAAACAGUCACUCUCAGAACCUAACAAAACCAUUGUAACAUAUUACUGGAUGUAAUAAAAAUACUACCUAAUGUACUGUCCAUAGAAAUCUAUAUGCAGAAAAAUCAACUCUACCUUGCAAUAAAGGAAAAUACUAUUCUGCACCAAUGACAAACAUUCUGCAUUAAAGUUUAUACUAAUUGCAGUACAGUGCUUUUUGAGAUCUCAGCAGUACAAUAUUACAAAAUGUUUUAAGAUUUUAUAUUCAGCUUAGCAUCUAUUUGGUAAGAUUUUUUUUUUUGUUGGCUUAAAAUCCUAGAACGUUUCUAAAGAUGACUGCAAACAAUGAGGGAGGGCAAGUAUCUUUAUUAAUUUUAAACAAAAAUGAGUAAGCCAUGCUCUGCAUCACAGGCACUAUAUAAAUGGUGGAAGUAAAAUACAAUGCAAUGUAACCACUCUCUCCCACUGAAGGAUCCUGGAACUAACCAGACAUAACACUAAUAAAAAAGAACUCUUUUUAAGGCCUGAUAUUGUCUGGAAAGUUGCACUUGGAGAAGAUCAUGGUGGGGAAACAGGGAUGGACCAUAAGUAGUUUUCUCUCCUUCAGGAGGUUGAUGGCAGUUCCUUCUCAUACAGCAAAGAGGAUGACUGAUGAUGGCAAUAAACUGGGUGGAUGGAAUUGAACAUUGUGACUGAUCAAUUAACUGUUGCUGGUACAAGUGAUGCAAGCUAGACCUGGGGGACAAAGAGAAAUGAUAGGUCUGAGAAGAUCUGUGAAGGAGAAUGCAGGUUUCGACCUACACCAGUUGAGCCUUUGAUGGCUACCAUAUUGAAGUUAAGCAUUCGUGUGUGAAAGUUCCCCACAGCAAAGAGCCACAGGAGACUUGUUAGAGUCACUCAUGGCUCCAGAGCUUGAAUCACUCGGAAUGGGAAAAGAUUAUUAUUCAAUUCUGGGAAUUGAAAAAGGAGCUUCUGAAGAAGAAAUAAAAAAGGCUUAUAGAAAACAAGCCCUUAAAUGGCAUCCAGAUAAGAACAAAUCCCCACACGCAGAAGAAAAAUUCAAAGAGGUUGCAGAAGCUUAUGAAGUGCUAAGUGAUCCUAAAAAGAGAGACAUUUAUGAUCAAUUUGGGGAAGAAGGGUUGAAAGGAGGAGCGGGCGGACCUGAUGGACAGGGUGGCACCUUUCGAUACUCUUUCCAUGGUGACCCACAUGCCACGUUUGCAGCAUUUUUUGGUGGCACAAAUCCUUUUGAGAUCUUCUUUGGAAGAAGAAUGCCUGGAAGUAGAGACACUGAAGACAUGGAAGUGGAUGGAGAUCCUUUUGGAUCCUUCACUAGUUUUAGCAUGAAUGGAUUUCCAAGAGAGAGGAAUACAGUUGGUAGCCAGCUUCGUCGUAAACAAGAUCCCCCAAUUAUCCAUGAACUUAAAGUAUCAUUGGAAGAGAUCUAUCAUGGCUGCACCAAAAGAAUGAGAAUUUCCCGAAAAAGGCUGAACCCAGAUGGUAGAAGUAUCCGAACCGAGGACAAAAUCCUCACUAUUGAGAUCAAGAGAGGGUGGAAAGAAGGCACCAAAAUAACUUUCCCAAAAGAAGGUGAUGAAACACACAACACUAUCCCAGCCGAUAUUGUUUUUGUCAUUAAAGACAAAAGUCAUUCUCUCUUCAAGAGAGAUGGUUCAAAUAUUAUCUAUCCUGUUAAAAUCAGUUUGCGGGAGGCUUUAUGUGGCAGCUCGAUCACCGUGCCAACGAUAGAAGGAAGAACCAUACCUAUGACAAUAAAUGAGGUUGUAAAGCCUGGGAUGAGGAGGAGAAUUAUAGGAUAUGGGUUGCCAUUUCCCAAAAAUCCUGACCAACGUGGUGAUUUAAUUAUAGAAUUUGAAGUAAAUUUCCCAGACAAUAUACCUCCAGCAUCAAAAGAAGUGCUUAGGAGAAAUCUUCCUGUUUCAUAAAGGAAUGGAUUGUAUUAACACUGUUCCAGCAGGACACUGAAAAUGCAGAAGACUGACAAGUUCAUGCUGUAAAAGUGCAAUCUAUAUAAAUUCAUGGAAUAUUCAUUUUCUUUUCUGGGUGGAGUGUGGAAAUACUGUAAAGCUACAUGAGAAGAUAGUUGUUGCAUAGAAGACACGCAGAUGACUCUUGCAGUAAAACAUACAGAGAAAACCACUCACUCUAUCUUAUUUUAGAUCUUCCUAAUCAGAGAGUUUAUUCAGUAUUUUGCUUACAUGUAAAAUGUAAUCAUUUUGUAAUUCUGCACAUAUUUCUAAUAAAGUACUUGCUCAUCCAAGUACUUUUUCAUCUAUCUCUAAGUUAUCUGUGAUAAUACCCACUAAUAUUAGAAAUCAGAGCUGAUAGUAGAAAUAUGCUCAUGUAUUACCCACAGAUAUUUAAAGAGACUAAAGCUUUAACUGCCACCAUUUAGAUAUGAAGUCCCACACACUAGCUUCCAUUUCACAAACAAAUGCUAGCUAAAUGUUUAUAGAGCUUCUGACCCCCAGAGGAUAAUGAGCCUUUUCCCAGCUGCUCCAGUUUUUUGUAGGGAAUGUACUGAAGCUUUAAGGCUAUGGGGAAAGUAGUACAGGUGCAGCUCCCCUGUGACAUGCUCCCUUCAGAAAUCCACUUGGGGAAUUCUACUAAUUUUGCGCUAUCAUCCACUCCCUAGGGUUGGAUUUUGCUCCAACCAUUGGCAGGAAAACAUCCUAUCUUGGCUCCAGAAGGAGCUGUGCUGUCAUUUUGUGGAAGGCUGUCCAUAGAACAGUGUAAAUGAAGGCACUGGGCUUACAUACACAUUUCAAGAUCAUGCAGAUCUCAGGACGUUUGUAGAUGUUCAAGCACUGAACCUUCUAUCCUUUCCAUAAACAAGGGAGAACGUACAAAGUCCAGCUCCUAGCUAAAGGAUUCUGAGGAAACUUUUAGAGCCUCAUCCAUAGCUCAUUUAUGCCUAUAAAAGUAUUUCCAUCAAUUCAGUGAGCUUGAAUAAGGUCCUUUGUGAAU